CGGCUCUUCAGUGCUGGUGCUGGGUUACUGCAGACUGGUGUGUGUGGGUUCUGGUUCUGUGGAGCAGCUCUUCAGUGCUGGUGCUGGGUUACUGCAGACUGGUGUGUGUGGGUUCUGGUUCUGUGGAGCAGCUCUUCAGUCCUGGUGCUGGGUUACUGCAGACUGUGUGUGUGGGUUCUGGUUCUGUGGAGCAGCUCUUCAGUGCUGGUGCUGGGUAGCUGCAAAUCCUCUGUGGGCCAGAAUGAGAGAGCCCUGUUGCUGCUGCUGCCGGUGCUGCUGCUGCUGCCGGUGGUGCUGCUGGUGCAUGCAGAAUGGCUGCCCGCGAUGACUCAUGCUCCUCAUCACUGCGCCGCGCGUAUCUCGGGGAGGCUGAAUCACACCGAGCCGUUCAGCUGCAGAGCGCUGCUUCCAACAUGGACCCGCGUCCUCCUGACUAUGGGAACGCUCCGGCGAGAGCCCUUCUGCCCAUUCCCUGACCGAGACCACGGGAUGUAGAGAAAUGUCUGAUCCCAGUAGUGACAGCUACAUUGUGCGCGUCCAAGCAGUGGUGAUGACCCGGGACGAUUCGAGUGGGGGCUGGCUGGCCCAGGAGGGCGGGGGGCUGAGCAGAGUGGGGGUGUGCAGGGUGCUCCCCGCGGACCUGGCAGGCCGGAGCUCCUUUCUCAUAUACGGGGAGCGGGUGAAGGACAAGCAGGCGAUUCUGGAAUGUUUCCUGAAAAAAGACUUGGUUUACACCAAGGCCACGCCCACAUUUCACCACUGGAAGGUGGACAACAAGAAGUGCGGGCUCACAUUCACGAGCCCGGCCGACGCCCGGGCCUUCGAUAGAGGCGUGAGGAAAGCCGUAGAGGACCUGACAGAAGGAUCCACAACUUCCUCUUCGAUAAACCAGAAUGAGGUGGAAUUGGGUGACGAUGAUGUUUUUACCAACGCCACUGACAGCUCCUCCAACUCGUCUCAGAAGAGGGAGCCGCCCGCACCACCGCCGCUGGCCUCCACCUGCGAGCCCUUCAGACAUCACUGCCUCCUGGGCCACUUCCACGACCCCUACAGGCCCGACCACUUCUACCUGGAUCAGUCUCUGCCCACGUUCCCCCGCCAUGUCAGCUUCCAGGACGUGGAAGAGGAGAUCGUGCGCAUCAACCCGCGGGAGCGGGCGUGGCUGACGGGCUACGAGGACUACCGGCACGCCACCGCCCGCGACCGGAUCACCCGGCCGGAGGACGCCGACUCCUACGUGCACUUCGCCAAGGGCGAGCCCGCCAAGCACGACUACACCUACCCCUACGCGCCCGGCGUGGACCCCGCCCACCGCGACGCCCCGAAGGGAGGGGGCUGGGACGGCGGCGUGAUCGGCACCCAGCCCCGCCCCUCCAAGCCCAAGGGCCGGCGGCGGAAGGAGGACGGCGAGCGCUCGCGCUGCGUCUACUGCCGGGACAUGUUCAACCACGAGGAGAACGGGCGGGGCCAGUGCGAGGACGCGCCCGACCCCGUGCGGACCUGCAUCCACCGGGUCAGCUUCAUGUGGUGCGCGGACAGCCUGCUGUACCACUGCAUGUCGGACCCCGAGGGCGACUACUCGGACCCGUGCUCCUGCGACAGCAGCGAGGAGCGCUUCCUGCUCCGCUGGCUGGCGCUGCUCGGCCUGUCGCUGCUCGCCCCCUGCAUGUGCUGCUACCCCCCCCUGCAGGCGUGCUACCGCUGCGGGGCGGCGUGGGGGUGCUGCGGGGGGAAGCACAAGGCUGUGGGCUGAGGAAC